AUGUACCGCAGCGGUGCGCGCUCCUCGGGUUCCUCGCACCGGCCUAAGGACAGCGGCGGGGGCGGGUCGCGCACUGGCCGCAGCUCCGGGUCUUCUUCAGGCUCGGCUCGCCGCGCCUCGCCGCCGCCCUCUAGUUCCUCCUCGUCGCGGACCCCGGCCCACAGGCCCCGCUCGCCUUCAGGGCACCGCAGCCGCCGGGCCUCGCCUUCCCCGCCAAGGGGUCGCCGCUGCUCCCCGUCCCCGCCCCGCGGCCGCCGGGCCUCGCCGACUCCGCCGAGGGGUCGCCGCGGCUCCCCUUCCCCACCGCGGGCCCGUUGCAGCUCCCGGUCGCCUCUGCGGAGCCGACGACUCUUCCCGGCGGGCUUCAGAGGCAGCAGCCGGGGGGAGUCCCGCGCCGACUUCUCCCGGGACGGCCGCGGAGACCAUCCAGGCGACAGCGGCAGCCGGAGACACUCUCCUGGUCUGCGUUCUGAUUCUUCCUUGGAACAGAGUUUAAGGAUCACUGUUGGCAAUGAUCACUUCUGUGUUAACACACCAGAACGACGGCGGCUUAGUGAUCGGCUGGGGUCACCAGUGGAUAAUCUGGAGGAUGUGGACAGGGAUGACCUCACUGAUGAUUCUGUCUUCACCCGAAGCUCCCAAUGUUCUCGAGGUCUUGAGCGAUAUAUUUCUCGAGAGGAAGGGCCUCUUAGUUCCUUCUUGGGACAACUUGAUGAAGACUACCGAACAAGAGAAACUUUCCUGCAUCAAUCUGAUUACAACCCUCACAUCAGUUGUCACGACGAACUGUUACACAGCACAGACCUAAACAGAGACAAACACAAAGGCUCCUAUUCUAUACAAUCUGAGGAGAGAAGCCGGGAGGCCAAACGGCCCCGUUACGAUGACACAGAAAAGAUACACAGCAUUGGAGGGACACACUUUAGUUUUACACCUGGGACCCGAAAUUACCGACAGCGUAGACGGAGCCCAAGCCCUCGAUUUCUAGAUCCUGAAUUUAGAGAGCUGGACCUGGCUAGACGAAAGCGAGAGGAAGAGGAACAAAGUAGGAGCUUGAGUCAGGAUCUGGUGGGAGUGGACAAUGGUGGUUCUAGCUGCCCCAUCCCUGGAUUGUCAAGUGUCCUGCCAGCAUCAGAGCCAGGAUAUUCUCUGCAUCGACCUGAAGAAAUAGCUUUGAUGCCUAAGAAGUCCAUCCUGAAGAAGCGGAUCGAGGCAGAUAUGGAGCCUUCUAUGCAGCUUGAGAGAUUUUCCAGCGGUACCAGCUCCUGUCAGGAUCCCACCUUCUAUGCCGGACACCCAUCUCUUCCACUUAGUGGUGCAAUAGCUGCUUUUGCCUCAGAAAUUGAGAACCCCAAGGGGACUAUAGUGGAGACGGCCUUGAAGGAACCUCAAGACAACCUCUACCAAUGGGGUCCCCUUCCUGGGUUGCCCAAAGGCAACAGUCCUCUCAGAGAAAAUUUGGGAAGUUUUGUCUACCACAAGGAGAAAUUGGAUGUGAAGACGGAGGUACCUGAGCGACACACAGACUUUUUGCUGCCCCAUGAAAGGGCUAACCAAGACGGCAGUGGAUUUUCACGCAUUUUGAGCAUAUUGGCAGAUUCUACUGGGACACAGGAAAAAAGGCGACGAAGCUUUCCUGAUAUUGAGGAUGAGGAGAAGUUUCUCUAUGGGGAUGAAGAAGAGGACUUAAAGGUGGAACCCCCGCCAAAGCCCCUUGGAGGCUCUGAGAGUGAAGUUAUGAGGCAGAAAACCACUUCCCUUCCCUCGUCAGGUCUAGCAAUAAAGCGAGAAUCCCUGGAAGAGACUAAUCCAGAAUAUGCCAAAAUUCAUGACUUGCUCAAGACCAUAGGACUGGAUAUUGGGGUAGCAGAGAUUAGUAAACUGGCUGCACGCACCCAGGAACGACUUCAUGGCAAAAAACCAUCACGUUCCUCAGCUGAUCACCGUUCCUCAGCUGAUUGCCGUUCCUCAGUUGACCAGAAUUUCCCAUCUGAUCGACAUUCCUCAGAUUCCCACAGAUUGGAGAGCCGGGAGACACACCAUAGCAGUACCCACUCCCUAGAUAUGUCCCAUGCACAUCCAGCCUCCCCCGUGGACCCUUAUUUGCUCACAAAACCCAGCCCUCUUUUCCUAAAGUCUGACCAUCCAAUGGGACAGAUUUCAGGGCCAGAAGUAGUUGGUCGAGGGUUUCAGUCAUCUGGUUCAGUCAGAUGCAUGUUGCAGCCAGCCCCAUCUGCCCCAAUUAGACUUCCACACCCUGCUUCUUUAUCUCAGUUUCACAUGCCAAGGGUCCCACAGUUUGCUGCAGCUCGGAUACCUCCAAACUACCGGGGACCUGCAGUUUCCCCUGCUUCCUUUGAUAUCUAUAGACACUACAUGGCAUACGCAGCCACAAGGUGGCCAAUGUACCCCACUUCUCAGCCAUCAAAACAUUCUCUGCCUGAACUACACAGGGUGAUACCAGUUACCAAACAGGCUUCUCGAAGCCGUCCUAACCUCCGUGUGAUUCCCACUGUGACUCCUGAUGACUCCAAGCAGGAGGAGACCGUGCUAAACUCAGUUCCUUCUACUCAAGUACCUGCCCAGAUGUCCAUCCCGUCACUCAUAAGAUACAAUCCUGAGAAAAUCUCUGAUGAGAAGAAUCGUGCUUCACAGAAACAGAAGGUAAUUGAAGAGAGGGAAAAACUGAAAAGUGACCGGGAAUCCCGGCAGAAGAAGAUGUACUAUCUCAGAACUGAACUGGAGCGGCUUCAUAAACAGCAAGGAGAAAUGCUGCGUAAGAAACGAAGGGAGAAGGACGGCCAUAAAGACCCGCUCCUGGUGGAGGUGAGUCGGCUUCAGGAUAACAUUAUGAAGGACAUUGCAGAACUACAACAAGAAGCAGAAGAGGCAGAAAAGAAGCAGUCUGAACUGGACAAAGUAGCUCAGAUAUUGGGAAUUGACAUUUUUGAUAAAUCCCAGAAGUCUACAAAUGACAGUAAGGAGCCUACACAGAAGCCUGGGAAAGCAGAAAAAACUAAGAGCCCAGAGAAAGUGUCACCCCCCUCAGACUCCUCCAACAGCAAGGAAUCAAAGAUAAAUAAUGAGAAGUCUCAUGCUAAAAGCCCCAACGGCGCCGAGAGCCCCCAGGUUACUGCUAAGCAGUCUGAUCAGCCCAUUACUGCAUAUGAGUAUUAUGAUGCUGGCAAUCACUGGUGCAAAGACUGCAAUACCAUUUGUGGAACCAUGUUUGACUUCUUCACUCAUAUGCAUAAUAAGAAGCACACACAGACCCUGGAUCCCUACAACAGACCUUGGGCUUCAAAAACCCAGAGUGAGGCCAAGCAGGAUGCUGUAAAGCGCACUGACAAGAUAACAGUCCCAGCAAAAGGCUCUGAGUUCCUGAUUCCCGUAACUGGAUAUUAUUGCCAGCUCUGUGAGGAAUUUUUGGGGGAUCCCAUUUCUGGAGAACAACACGUGAAAGGUCACCAACACAAUGAGAAAUACAAGAAAUAUGUGGAUGAGAACCCCUUGUAUGAGGAGCGGCGGAAUCUGGACCGCCAAGCUGGUUUAGCUGUUGUCCUAGAGACAGAACGGCGACGGCAGAGUGAGCUUAAGCGUAAACUCAGUGAAAAACCAAAGGAAGAGAAAGAAAAAAAAGCAAAAGUCAUGAAAGAUACAAAGGAAGAUGAUAAAGUCUCUCUGGAAUUAGAGGAUCAGCCCUCUGAAGGUGGGAACCACCCUGAAAAAGCUGAAAACAAAAAGAAAGCUAGCCUCAAACUUCAGUUAAAAGAAGAGACAAAGAAGGAAUUAACAACAUCCUCCUCCUUUGGAAAAUUCAGCUGGAAGAAACCAGAAAAAGAGGAGGAAAAAACUUCAGUGGUGGCUCCAGGUAUCCCUAAGGAAGAGACUGCGGAAAACAGUAGAGAUAAAGAAGAUGGCAAAGCUGAAGCUGGGAAAGCAAAGCCCAUCAAAAUCAAACUCUCUGGGAAAACUGUUGUUGCACAUACGAGCCCUUGGAUGCCUGUUGUGACAACUUCAACCCUGACUAAAAUCCGCCCCAACCUUCCUAUCCCAUCCACAGUACUCCGCAAGUCGAGUUCAACCACAGUGAGCAAGCCAGCUCCACUUAACACCUUCCUAUCAAUUAAGUCAUCUGGAACUGCUGCUAAGCCUCUGCCAGUGGUCAAAGAGUCUUCAUCUGAUCUUCUUUUGCCUCCAGAUAUCAUUUCCAAAGCAUUUGGAGGGGAAGAAGUGAUUCUAAAAGGGUCUCCAGAGGAAAAAAUAACACCGGCUAAAAAGAAUGAGCCAUCCCAUAUACCUGAGCAAAUGUUACCACCUCCUCCACCACCACCCCCGCUACCUCCAGUUACAUCUCACCCAGCUGCUCCCUCUUCUGCUCAGACAAAUGCCUCGGCUCUGGUCAAAUCAAACCCAGCUGUAUCUCAAACCCCCAGCCCUGGAUUCUUGGAUCCUAACAUUUUAAACCCAGAGGUGCCUGUGGCCAUCGUGGCCUCAGCACAGCCGACUGCCAUUCCUUCUGAUGAGACUGCUCCUGGGGUGAGUGAGAAUGAUCGAGACCAAGCCCUGUUCUCUCUGUUAGUGCGUCCUCCUCCACCCCUCUCAAGUGUGUUCAGUGAACAAGCCAAAAAAUUGGAGAAGCGGAAUUCAUGCUUAGCCACAGCCAAUGCUAAGGAUCUGUACGACAUAUUCUAUAGCAGUGGUGGAAAGGGGGCCACUGAGACUAAGCUGAGCAGUGGUCCUUUGGCCAAUGGAGAAAAUAGCACCAUCUCCAGAGCAGAAAAUUCAGACAACUCUUCCACUUCUACUUUGAACAGCAUUGAAUCCCAAGAGAAGUUGCCUCAAGAUAGGGAUUUAGCCACUACUUCGUUAGUGAAUAAUCCUGAAAAGCCCAUUGCCAAAACCCUGAUGUCUCUAGGAAAAUGGUCCAUUGUAGAACACAUAAAUCCCAAAGACAGACACAGCAACCAUGGCUUUCUACAACCUCUGACAAGGUUGUACCAAAGCAAACAUUAUGAAACUAUGACCCCAAAGACAAAUACUUUAUCCAUGUGGACUUCUGGCUCCUUCCAAAAUAACAAGGACGUGUCUCCAGGGGAAAAAGUCAAGCUUGACCUUGGAGAGCCAGGACUACCUGGUAUAGAACCAGCCCCUGAGCAGUCACAUACACACUGUCAUACCAUGGGACCUCAGAAGUUAAUGGAAAUGCACUUCAAAGGAUCUGGUAACCAGGAUGAGGAAAACCAGGAGUUCCACCAGUCAAAGGAUGAUAGAGAAAAUGAGGUAGAGAAAAACACUGAACUGGGAAAAACUAGAGCAAAGCCCUCUGAAGGGAUGAUAAAAGAGGAACUAAGCAUCAACGUUAAGCCCCAUGACAUAGAGAAUUCUAAUUUGAGUGAUCGAAAGAGAUAUAUGUCGGAGGGAAACAUGGAGCAGCCUAAAUUGUUGGUAACUGACAGAGAGGCUGAUCAGCCCAAGAAGAUGAUAGGAAAUGAAACGCAGAGUAAAAUAAUCAAAUUGAGUGGUCAGACUCUCUCAUCUACAGAAGCAAAAAGAAGCUCAUUUCCUUCAGAAGUGAAGCCUCUACUCCAGAGUCCAGAGAACAAACUUGUGAAAAAUUCUGCACCAGAACUGUUGCUUCAGUCCUCAAUCAGAUCAGAUAUGUGUUUAACAAAUAGUCCACAGAGACGAGGAGUUAGUGGUGAAGAAUGGAUGGAAAAUUCGGCUCCAGAGUCAGCUUCUGUACUUUCUAGGUACAGAAGCCUCAGACUUAAGAAGGAAAAAUCCAAAGACUUUGAGGGUAAAAUGAUCUGUGAACUGACUGUUUGGAGUGAAAAGAAGCCAGAGACCUGGCAGAACUCAGAAAAACCAGAAUCAGAAGCUCUGGAGCUAAAAGAUGUCCAUCCAGAAUUAACAGUGACAGUAGAAAAUAAGCCCUCAGAAAACUUUGAAACUACAGACUUAACAUUAGAGGAUCUUGCUGCCGUAGGGAAUCUGGGAGAUGCAUGUGUUGAUUUCUGCAAUACUCAGAUAGAACCUGCACAUAGAUCCCCAAUUGCUCUCUCUCGGAAAGUACGUCAAGAAAAUUCUACUUCAUUUGCAGGAUGUACUCCUUCUACUUCUGCUGAUUUUGAACCAAUCCCGUCCAUUUCUAGGUUUCCGUUAGAUUCUUCAAAACCCCUGGUGCUUAAUUUGGAAGCACAGGAUGAGCAAAAUCUGUCUAAUCCUACAAGUAGGAGGAUCCCUCCUAACAUUUUGAAAACUGGCUUGCCUAUGGAAGAUGUUGACCUUGGUAUUGGAGGCCUAGAGGUAGUACCCCAGGCCCUUGACCUAUUAGCAGGAGGAAUGAUGUCUGAGGAAAUAGAAGAAACUUCCCGCUUGGAUAAACAAGAGUCACUCAGAUUGGAAUCCGAAACAAAUAACUCUUCGGGCCUUGGGCCCUCUCCUUGCCUUCCAGACCUUGUUGAUUUUGUCACACGGACAUCUGGAGUCCAGAAAGACAAGCUAUGUUCUCCUCAGUCUGAGCCCCCUGACCUUCCUGAGUGUAGCUCUUUGGAGAUGGGACCAUUACAGCUAGAAAUCCACAACGCAUCUAUAGCAGAGGUAGUCAUUCCUCAGAUAGAUGAGGACAGUUCAGAGACACCUCUGCAGCACCAGGUAGUUGAAGGUGAUACUGUCUCUCAGCAGAUAGAUGCCUGCCCAAAAAGCUGCAGUUGA